AUGACCUCUAUCCUGGAGACUCCGCUCGAUGACACGAGCGUUGACGUACGGUUAAAUCCUUGCGAUGAUGUUACUAGUAUUUCCACUGAGAUCGACGCCUCGGAAUUAGCUGUCUCUCCUAGUAAAACUGAUAAAAUCGCAACUGUCCUGGCUACUACUGGUGAUGAUACCACAGUUCUAUCUGAUGGAGUCUCUGCCGACCAAUUCAAGGCUACCGACAGCUCUGCUAGCUCUGUUGUAUCCAUCCAAGAACCACAUCACUGGGAGGAACAAUCGCUUAUGGAUUCGAGUUCCUCCAACAUGGCAAAAUCAAUCAUUUACUUUGAUAUCGACAGCGAUCUUGAUAUUCCGCUCUACACUCAGCGCGGUCCCACUGUGUGCAAGGUCUCAUCAGCUCAUCUUGCUCUUGCAUCUCCUGUGUGGCGCACCAUGCUAUAUGGCAAUGAUGCUGUCAAGAGAUCAGAUGUAGAAGAUUGGGUGGUCUCUAUCGAAGGCGACGCCUCUGCCUUGAUAACCCUAUUCUGCAUUAUUCAUUAUGAGUUCAACAAGAUACCCACUACAAUGUCUCCGGACGAACUCCAUUCUAUUGCGGUCGCCAUUAAUCAAUACAAAUGUGCUCAUCUGGUCUAUCCUUGGGUAGAGAUGUGGGUCAAUAGACUCCCGGAAUAUGAUACCACCAAAGAAUAUCACCGUAACUCCCGCAAAACCGUAUUCAUUGCCUGGGUAUUAGGCGACAUUUCACUCUUUCGCUGCUCGGUUGAACAAAUUGUUCUUAGUUCCAAGUUAAUUGAUGGUCAACUUGUAGACGCUGAUGGAAAGUCAUUGUCUGAUAUGAAAGACAUCCAUAAGGACCUAUCCGGAUGGAUCCGUACUGCGAGAUUCGAGAUCAUCAGUCAAAUGCUGGAUGCUCUAAAGGAACCCUUUAAACGACCAACAUCUGCUGAUGGAUCUUGCGAACCACCCUUCUGCAAGCUAGGUUCGCAACAGAAAGAGUGUGAAACUAUGAUGCUAGGGUCCAUAAUUCUACAACUCGUCGCUGCUAAACUAUUCCCGGCACCCGAGGCACACGAAUUUACGGACAGCAUAGAAACUCUGCAAUCGAAAAUCAAAGCGAUCAAGUACACACCUUACGAGGGUCGCGAUUGGAUGCCACACCUAUCUCAUGUUGGCUGUAGCCUUGGAUAUAGUGAAGCGGCAGAAGAAAGCGUGGCAAAUAUGCGAAUUCCGCUCGAUCAUGGCUUCAUGAGUGGUUUUUUUACAAGAGCUCGCGUCUCGGGCGUCAAAAAGAGCCUAGAGUUUGACGAAUGUUUUCAUGAGAUGUACGCGAUGUAA